UUUAUAUCAAAACCAUUCCAUCGAUCCUAAUAUGUUAAAAUAGCUUUACCACACUCCUAAAAUCUAUAUAUAUAUCUCUCCAUAUUGGUUAGAGAAUAUGGACGAUGAGUAAUGGUAUAAAAAUAUCAGAAUAAGCUGUGGUCCAUCAAUUCCAGAUGGCAAAGCUAAUCUCGCUACUUUGAGAAUCUAAAGAAAGUAAUGUCUUGUGUACCAAGAAACUCUGUCAUAUACCUACUCUGUUUUCCUCCUCUGUUUUCUUGAUUUCUUCGGUAACAAUCUCUUCGAUAUUAUCUUCCUUCUCUCUCUUUUCACUUCUUGUUUCGUAAAGACGAGUUCUCUAGCUGAAUUUGCUUCUACGUGUUGUUAAAAAGAAACAGAAAAUGCUUCUACAUGUUGCUAGAAUAAGACAAUAAUUUUUUUUAAUUUUUUAUUAAUUAAAACGGUAAAGCUUCACCUAAUAAUAGUGAUCACAUGAUUCACAAACUGUUAUCUUACAAGUGGAGGAUUUAUCGGGAAGUUCUUAAUUCGGUCUGACUCCUAAACUUGGUAACUUUUGUGUUAACGUAUGCUGUUAGUAAAGACUAAUUCACAAGAUUCUAUAGAUAACUUGAGAAACCUCAACGUAAGAUAUACAUUCCACUUAACGUAUUACCAACCUCUUUUGCAGCCUUGUGGAUAACAACAACAGGUCUCUUCAAGCGUAAAGAGUGACGGAAGUACUUUUUUCUUAAAACAUAUAAUUCUCCAAAAAUGGAUAAAACAGGAAAAAAACUUACAAAUUAGGGUUAACCUCUAUUUUUAGUUGGUUGAAUAAUAUACAGAUUUGUUGACAACAGAAAAUAAAAUAGAUAAAUUAUAUGUUUUAAAUAGAUAAAUACAAUUUGUUGACAACAGAAAAGAAAAUCUAAAAACUGUAUUUGUUACCCAUUAAGGGCAGCCAUGGAUUUGCCUCUGCUUAUAUAUACAAUAUCUUCUGAAGCUAACUAAAAUAGAAUAAGAAAAUUUCCAGCUCUGCCAAUGGAGAAGAGUGCCAAUGGAUCAGUCAGACUCAUCAAGAGACUUAUGAUUAUACUUUCAUGUCUUUCAUUUUCGUUCGUUCGAUCAGACUGUAUAACAACGAAUAUUCAAUAUGCAUCGGCUUUGGGAGAUCCGGGGAUGAGAAAUGACAGCUUAAGGGUAGCUAUAGAAUCAUGGAACCAAUGCAACGAGGUUGGUGAAGAAGCUAAGAACAUGGGAAGCCCUCGAAUGGCAGAUUGCUUUGAUCUUGAUUACUCUAGCUUUCCCGCGAAGAUAAACCACAAAGUUGACGAAGUAGACAACAGACUCGGUGUACAAAACGGAACAUACGGAGGCAUAAACGCCGGAGAAAGUGCAGACAUCUACGCUGCUCAAAAGGAGAUAUACUUGGGAAACAAAUGCCAAGUCAUGGACGACCCGAACCCAUGGCAGUUUUGGAUGAUAAUGCUAAAGAACGGUAACACGGAUACGUUAGCUGCGAUUUGUCCGGAAAACGGUAAAAAGGCGAAACCUUUUCCUCCGACGGGAAGGUUUCCAUGUUUCGGGAAAGGAUGCAUGAAUAUGCCAUCGAUGCAUCACAAGUACACGAGGUUUGUGGAUCAAGAAGGGCUUAUGAGUGGGAGUUUUUACGGGACUUGGGAUUUGGAUACUGACCAAGGAGAUGAUUCGGUGGUUGGUAAUAACUCGUAUUAUAAGGUGAAAUGGGAGAAGAAGGUUGGUGGUAACGAGAGUUGGGUGUUUCAUCAUUUGUUGAAGACUUCUUCUAAGUACCCAUGGUUGAUGCUUUAUCUACGAGCUGACGCUUCUCGUGGCUUCUCUGGUGGGUAUCAUUACGAUACUAGAGGAAUGAUGAAGAUGACGCUGAAAUCGCCGGACUUCAAGGUUAGAUUCAAGCUAGAGAUUCUAAAAGGUGGCGGUUCAGGUAGCCAGUUCUAUCUAAUGGACAUGGGAAGUUGCUGGAAAAACGACGGUAGCGAAUGCGACGGUGACGUCACGAGCGACGUAACUAGGUACAGCGAGAUGAUAAUCAACCCUCAGUCAACCGCAGUUUGCAGCCCCAACCGUCUAAACGCUUGUCCACCGGAACACGCGUUUCUAAACGGGACUAAAGUUCACAGGACGGACAAGGAGAGGUUCCCUUACGAAGCGUAUCACUAUUACUGCGUUCCUGGGAACGCGCGUUUCGCGGAAGCUCCUUACGAUGUCUGCGAUCCGUAUAGUAAUCCACAGCCGCAGGAGAUUCUGCAGAUAUUGCCUCAUCCAGUGUGGGGAGAGUUUGGGUAUCCGACAAAGAAAGGACAAGGUUGGAUUGGAGAUCCAAGAACUUGGGAACUUGAUGUCGGAAAACUCUCUCAGUCACUUCACUUUUACCAGGAUCCAGGGACGGAGCCGGUGAAAAGACACUGGUCGUCAAUAGAUUUAGGAACUGAAAUAUAUAUGAGCAAGAAUCAAAUUGCAGAAUGGACUGUAUCUGAUUUCGACAUUAUUAUUCCAAAGACCGAUGUUUAAGUGGAAAAAUGUAUAUAUCUUCUUUAAAAUUGCUGAUAUAAGAUAUGUCAAUUAACUCGUGAUAUUAUCAUCGAAUUGAGAAAAGGAGAUGUUUAAGGCUUUCAAA